ACCAAAACCAAUUUGAAUGUGGAAUUAAGACUUUAAAUAUAUUUGAUAAUAACCAGUUUGCUAAUAAUGAUGAACAGACACCAUAUAGUAGUUAUCAAAAUAAUAUUUCAGCACAUGAAUUUAUUGAAUCAAUCGGCUAUGUUGUAGAACAAGAGACUUUUCAAGAACUAUAUACCUCGGAUAGUUAG